GUUUGUUUGAGUGUUCCGCUGAGCAAAGUUUAACCGCAUGACUAAUCACGUGAUUGCUGAGCUAAUCACGUGAUUGCUGAGAGAUCAUGUGAUUUCAUUUGUGGAACAUGGCGAAUGCAGUGAGGAUGUAUUAUUCGGCGCUGUUUAUAUUUGGGGCAGUAUGUGCCCUCCCACAGGAGAUGCUGCAGGUGAAGGUGAUGGAUCAGCCCCCAACUUGGGGCAAUGUGUACAGCGUACAGGGAAACCUACAGCUUCCCUAUGCUGAAAUACAGGAACCAUUUGCAGGCUUUUAUGAUGCUCCAAACAAACGAAGCAGGAUCGAUUAUUAUGGAGGGAUGGUUCAGACAAUGCAGCGUGCUGAUAUGUUCAUGUACGGCUCCAGCUACAAGAUUGCUCCGUUGACCACUUACCAGCAGCGCAAUGUCAUGAGCUGCUUCCAGGUCAAUGGAACCAGUGGCUCCACAGUUGAUAUUCAGAACGUACUGCCAGACCUCUCUGGCUUUCAGAAACAAAGCCUGCAGGACAUUGUUGAUGGCCGUGCUUGUGACGUGUGGGUGUUGGUGGACCAACAGGGCCACAAGAAGAACACCUACACCAUGUGGGUCGACCCCAGCGACAACAGUCCUGUCCGCUAUAUAAUGAUGGGCUUUGACUCCCUACUUGGCUCCCACUAUGACAAAUACGUGAUCGACUACUCUCAGUACAACACGGCUCCGAUCCCAGCCUCCACCUUUGAUCCACCACAGGGCAUGACCUGUGGGGGCUUUCCUGGACCUGGCAGUGGUGAGCACCGCGUCCUUAGCAAUCCCAUCAUGGAGUAUGUGAGUCACCAUGACAACCACAUCACUGAGAUGUUUGACCAGUUCAAGAGCAAGCACGGCAAGGUGUACGGACACGAGAAAGAACACGCACAGAGGAUGCACAAUUUCAGACAAAACGUCAGGUUCAUUCACUCCAAGAACAGGCAGGGCCUGACCUACAGACUGGCUGUCAAUCACCUCACAGAUCUAUCGAGGGCAGAGCUCAAGAUGCGCAACGGCUACCGCCACACCCCUGGGGAUCACGGCGCCCAGGUGUUUGACAAGUCUAAAGUGAACCGCGCAUCAGUUCCUGACACCAUUGAUUGGAGGAUUCUUGGGGCCGUAACUCAAGUGAAAGACCAGGGCGUGUGUGGAUCGUGCUGGAGUUUUGGGACUGUGGGGACUAUCGAAGGCGCGUAUUUCCUCAAGACAGGGUAUAGAGUUCGCUUCUCCCAGCAGCAGCUUAUUGACUGCUCUUGGGGCGAGGGAAACAAUGGCUGUGAUGGCGGCGAGGAUUUCAGGUCUUACAACUACAUCAUGAAGGUUGGAGGGCUCACAUCGGAGGAGCAAUACGGCCAGUACUUGGCACAGGAUGCUUUUUGCCAUGAUAAUGCCACUGAGCCAGUUGUAAAAAUCAAGAGUUUCACCAACGUUACUUCUAUGGAUCAGGAAGCGUUGAAAAUGGCCAUCGCCAAUCAUGGCCCUAUUUCAGUAGGGAUUGACGCUAGCCACACGUCUCUGUCCUUCUACUCCGAUGGUGUCUACUACGAGCCCAAGUGUGGCAGCGGUCCAGAUGACCUUGACCAUGCAGUCCUGGCUGUAGGCUACGGGACACUGAACGGGGAGAAAUACUGGCUCGUGAAGAACUCCUGGUCCACGUACUGGGGCAACGAUGGCUACGUUCUCAUGUCACAGAAGGACAACAACUGCGGUGUUGCCACGGCACCCACCUUUGUCACCCUUGUGUAACCAGCGAUAAAAAUUGCGGUGGUCUUUAUUCAACGAUUAAAUCAUAGACACAAUAAUAAUAAUAUAGAAUGUUACAGAAAAUCUAAGGUUCUUGUACAAGGUGUUAUGUAGUUGAGUCUUACUUUUCUCCAGUUUAGCUACAAUAUAUAUCACCAUUCAGGGAGUAGUAGGUGCCUAAGUGCCAUGUUUGAUAUUUGUGAUUAGAAACUAUUUUUAAAAAGUACGAUCUUUUCAAUUAAUACCUGAAUAUUUUGACUUCUUGAAUGCACAACUAUUUGCCUAUUGAAAAAAAAAGGGAAUUGUGUAAUUGUUUAUGUUAACAUGAUAUUUGUGUCUCUUGUGUGAGGGUGAAAUAAUGAUAAUUAUAAUAAUGUAAGGCUAUUACAUAAAAUAAAUAUCAAAAUGCUGUAUAUUUUUAUACAACAUUAAAGGUUCACAUUAAAUUAGCUUUGUAAUGUUACAUUGUUUAAAAUGAAUACUCGUUUUUGCUAUAGUUAUUUUGUAUUAUUCAUAAUGCACCUGUGAUAUUUAUAUAUUCUCUUGAAAUUCAAAUUAAUCUUUGUAUUUUUUUUAUUUAGUUAAAAAAUACAUAUACUGUAUGAAUAUAAGAACAAGAGGGACAUAGGCAAUUGUCAAUAUUUAUGUUAGAUGUGAAUUUUAAAGGUUUCGUCCCAUAGUUAAAAUAUUUCUAUGUUGCAAGUUGUGCACAUUAUCACAAAAUAUGCAAGUGUAAAACAUUCCAUUAUUUUGAACUUUUGUGUUUCAAAUGUUACUGUUUGCCUGUCGUGAUUUAGUAUGAAUGUGCCUAAAAAAUGAAUUUAAUUUUUUUUAAUAUAAUUAAAAUUUCCUAAUUCUGAUGAA